AGAUGCCCGGACCCCGAUUAACUCCUGCUGCCAGCUCUCUCCACCUGCCUUGAGCAGUUCUGCGUUCAUCUGUGCAGUCCCAGCUCUGCUAUGAGGCCCGGGACGCCUGUUCCGGUGGUGCAGACCAUAUGUCCGCAGCACCCACGUGUUCCAGCCCGUUAGUGUCCACUCCCCGGCGCGUAGCUCGAAGCCCAGGUUCCCCUCUUCACUGCCCAUGAGGGUAGACCUCCGUUCUAGGUUUGCGUCUGCAUCUGCCUGGCUGUUUCCCUCCCGGAGCCUCAGUUGGGCUGCUGUACAAUGGGUGAUGUGAGGCCCUCCUCAGCCCCUUAGCCCUGGUGUCCUGUGCUUUGUGCUACCUCUGCCACCUUGUGCACAGAAGCCUUGAAGGCAUUCAGUUUUAGUUACUUCAUUUUAAGCGAAGAUCUGUUGGAUCUCAGUCACCCAGACAUAUAUUUUGUCCUCUACAUAUUUUUCUGCCGUAAUUACACCCAAAUAUUGGCCACUACAGGGCCGGAGGCCAGGAGGCAAAACUUUGGUUUUGGGAUAAUACAGGUGCUGUCCCCUUGCAUCUGCCUUCGGUGCUUGGCCCUGCAGCGAGUGCCCCUUCCCUAUGCCACCCCCACGAUGCCCCUGUCCCGCUUGCUGAGGUCUGUGGGGGUCUUCCUGCUGCCAGCCCCCUGCUGGGCACCCAGGGAGAGGUGGCUGGGUUCCCUACGGAGGCCCUCCCUGGUGCACGGGUGCCCAGCCCUGGGGGCCUGGCACGGUGCCCGCUGCUGGUGCCAAGUGUGGACAGAGGAGCCUCGAGCACUUUGCUCCUCUCUCAGGAUGAACGGAGAGCAGAAAUCCGAUGUUUAUGCCCAAGAAAUGCAGAAUUUCACCCAGCACUUCUCUCAGAUUGUCAGGGUGCUGACUGAGGAUGACACAGGGCACCCAGAAAUAGGAGAUGUCAUUGCCCGGCUCAAGGAGGUCCUAGAGUACAAUGCCAUUGGAGGCAAGUACAACCGGGGUUUGACGGUGCUGGUAGCAUUCCGGGAGCUGGUGGAGCCAAGGAAACAGGACGCAGACAGUCUGCAGCGGGCACUGACUGUGGGCUGGUGUGUGGAACUGCUGCAAGCUUUCUUCCUGGUGACAGAUGAUAUCAUGGAUUCAUCCCUUACCCGGCGGGGACAGGUCUGCUGGUAUCGGAAGCCAGGCAUAGGUUUGGACGCUAUCAACGACGCUCUCCUUCUGGAAGCCUGUAUCUACCGCCUGCUGAAGUUCCACUGCCGGGAGCAGCCCUACUACCUGAACCUGCUUGAGCUCUUCCUGCAGACUGCCUAUCAGACAGAGGUCGGGCAGACUCUGGAUGUUAUCACAGCCCCCCAGGACCAUGUGGAUCUCAGCAAAUACACUGAAAAGAGGUACAAAUCUAUUGUCAAGUACAAGACAGCUUUCUACUCCUUCUACCUGCCUGUUGCUGCUGCCAUGUACAUGGCCGGCAUUGACGGGGAGAAGGAGCACAGCAAUGCCAGGAGGAUCCUGAUGGAGAUGGGCGAGUUCUUCCAGAUCCAGGAUGAUUUCCUUGACCUCUUUGGGGACCCCAGUGUGACGGGAAAGAUUGGCACUGACAUCCAGGACAACAAAUGCAGCUGGCUGGUGGUUCAGUGUCUGCAGCGAGCCACUCCAGAGCAGCGCCAGAUCUUGCAGGAGAAUUACGGGCAGAAGGAUGCCGAGAAGGUAGCCAGGGUGAAGGCGCUGUACGAGGAGCUGGAGCUGCCGGCUGUGUUUGCGCGGUAUGAGGAAGACAGCUACAAUCACCUCAUGAGCCUCAUCCAGCAGCACGCCGCGCCGCUCCCCCCAGCCAUCUUCCUGGCGCUGGCCAACAAGAUCUACAGGCGGAAAAAGUGACCUGGAGACCACAGGGCAGGGAGGGAGGGAGGGGCUCAAUAAAUUAUCGUGUGAUCCUAUUGUGCUUGUUUUUGCUCUUGCGACUGGCUCUG